GCGAGGCAACUGGUUCUCAGCGAGUGUUUCCGCACACCUAGAAUAAAGAGCAGGCGAGCCGAGGAGGAGGAACAACACAACAGUUAGCCCUACAGACGGAACUACACGACGAAAGCUUUAUAUUUUUUGUAUUAUUUGCUACAUUCUGGUUUGGGUGUCUCCAUGUAUACGAGCGUUAAUGCCUCGAGUGUGAAGUACUGAGAGGAGGGCUCGCUGCUGAUAACCUUUACGUUGGUUAAGCUGUAGAGGACUCUCACUGGUCGCCGGAGGAAAAGAUGUGCGAUGGAAUGGUAGCGUUUCAGACGAGAGCCCUGUCCUCCUCCUCUUCUUCUUCUUCUUCUUCCUCCUCCACCUCCUCUUCCUUCACCUCCUCCUCUCUAGCCCACAGGCUGGCUGCCUCCGCGCUUCUCCUCCUCUUCACCCUGCUCCCUCAUGGUCACGCAUCAGGUUGUGCGCGGCCACCUGGCGUGCAGCACGGAGACCUGCUGAACCAGACCGAAGCCAACCGGGGUUCUUUUCCCCCGGGUACCCUGCUGACUUAUGGCUGUGAGCCUGGCUACACUGCAGAUGGACCCACCAGCAUCAUUUGUACCAGCUCCGGAGCGUGGUCCCAUCAACCUCCACACUGCAUCAGAAGCAUCGUGUGUUCACCCCCCACUGAACCAGAGAACGGGGGCUACCGCUGUCACCCGUCUCCCUGCCACAGCCUCACCCAGAAGACUGUUAUCGAGUACUUCUGUGACGAGGGCUACGCUCUUAAGGGCGACUACAAGUUCCUCACCUGCCAGAACGGCGAGUGGGAUGGUCCCAUGCAGAUCAGCUGCCGACUCACACAGGACAAGGAGCCGAGCUCUCCACUGGGUAUACCAGCUCUGUCUAUUGUGGCGUCCACAGCUAGUUCCGUGGCUCUCAUCCUGCUUUUAGUGGUGCUGUUUGUUCUCGUACAGCCCAAACUCAAGUCCUUCCAUCACAGCAGGAGGGAGCAGGGAAUCUCAGGCCAGCCCAGCUCCGUCAUGGUGGAGGGCGUCCAGGUGGCACUGCCCUCAUAUGAAGAGGCUGUAUACGGAAGCAGUGGACCCUGUGGUGCGUCUGGUCCUCCUCCUUCUCCCCCACCUCCUCCGGGUCCCCCAGAGUCUCGAGUCCCGAUCGUGCUCUCUGAGGGGCUUCCUCAGGGAGCCACGGGAGGCCAAGGCCCCAGCAGAACCCGCCACCACAGAGACUUAGACUUCUGUCUCCCAUCCACAUCCUCCUCAUCAUCCUUCUCCUCCCGCCGUUUAGCAGAGACGGUUCUGGUUCAUCAGGCCCCGUCUUCCUCCUCCUCUUCGUCAUCAUCAUGGGCUAGAGAGCACCCUGGGGGUGCAUGCGCAGGCCCCCUACCGCUCCGUAGAGACUCUGAGAGUAGCGACCAGCACAGUCUGCUUUCUGUCACUUCUACAGAUGAGUUUUCUGAUGAUAUUCCCCUGUUGAAGGAAGCAUGAAGCCUGCCAGCCUGCCAUCAGCAGCAGACCCCCUAUUUCCCUAUCUCUCACUGCUGACCAGGACUGACUGUGGCUGUCAACCUUCUUCUCCCCGGACUCCCCUCAGCAGCCAGCAGAGAAAAGACUAGAACUAUUCCCAUUCCCCGAUGCAACCUUUUCUGCCAUUACUACCCAUGCAGAGCAAAGCCAACAGCCAAUACUCACUACAUCACAAGCAAUGAUGAAGCACCACUGGAUCUAGCUACUGGAUCAAACUAAAGACAAGCCAGACAAACAAAGUGGUGCCAGCUCAACAUAAAUCAUGUAGAUUCUCUGUACAUGAGUAAAACAUACAUACUGAGUCAAGGUUGUGUACUAUAGGCUAUGUAUUACCUUACACUUGCCUCCUCCCAGGUGUAGUUCUCUAUAUUAACAUUGCUCACAGAGGCUUCAUUGGAAAAGGCUAUAGCAAUCAAGACACGUCGACUCUGUCUGGGAUUACUGCGGAUAAAAAAAUAAAAUAACUUGUGAUGUUUGCUCCUGACGCUGUGGCGCUAAGAAUCAGAAUUGUCUUCCCGCUGUACUUGAAAAGUUGUGAGUGACGACUGGGUUUCUGCAACCCGCUUUGUGAAUGCUGCAUGUUGUUUUUAGUUAUUGCUGUCACAGCACGGUGGCCCACUCUGAAUGAAGCAUGAAGCCCGCUCUCUCUCUCUCUCUCACUCUCUGUCGCUCUCGCUCUCUCUCUUGCUGUCUGUGUCCUGGUGGCGUCUAGCAUAUGGAUUAGUGGGAUUGAGAACCACUUCACAUGAGCUAAAAGCAGGGUGCGGCUUUCACAUAUAUAAAAAUCACAUAUAUUAAAAAAAACCCUGCUCCUUUCCUUUCUGUUGCCAGCUGCACCCAUUAUCUUGAAGGUGCUUCUUCUGUCGCAUGAGUGGGAUUGAAUGGUGCUUUGGUUCCAGGACUCUGUUAUACAUCUUUCCUUGUAUAAAUGGAAGGAGACUUAAUGUCACAUUUUGUCUAAAAGCUAAGGAGAGCAUUUUCUUUAAACACAGUGAUUGGGCACAUGACUGAAUUUCAGGGUUCAAUUUUCUUCCCACUCUAUUUAUUGUUUGGUGUGUGGCUCGGUUUGCUUUUAGUUGCUGAAUCUGAGUGUGUGUGUGUGUGUGUGUGUGUGUUUGAGCAUCUUUGUGUGUCAGUUAGGCAGAAGAGGACAUGUCCUCAUAAGGCAGGCCUCGAUGCAGCCAUUUUCUGAUUUGCCUCUCUUAAGAUCAGAGACUGGCUUUACAAUGUCCCUGUCUUUCACCACAGGAAAGUAUCCCUCCCUCUGAACAAGUCACAUGAACAAACUAGAGUCACAUCAGGCAACGGGUCCACUACACAAUGUGUGUAUUAUUCAUCUGCUCUCAAGCUAGAAUAUUUAUCCUUUUCUGCUGAAUGGCUCCUUAGAGGAAAUGGCUCUCACCCACUUUCACACUGUACCGAAGACUCUCCACUCUUGUGCAUUACUGACACAACUGCAACUGGUUGCAGUGAAAUUAUAAAGUUUUGUUAUAUAGCACCCCACCCCCACCACGUACACUCAUUCACCCUUCUUAUACCAAGUGCAAAUUUAAGAGAGAAGCGUGUUAUUUUGUGAGAAAUCAUCCUCUGUUUUCAUUGCCACUUGAAAGGCCUUGGUGGUUGAGCUGGUCACCCUGGAAACAGCAUGACUCCGAAGGAUCCUAAGAAUUACUUUUCAAGCUUAACUGCUGGGGUAAAAAAAAACCUUCUGCAGUUCUGUUCUCCGCUUUAUUUGGCAUUUGUGGCUGUCUGUCAUUGUCAACGGCUACUUUAUUAAUGCAAACAGAAUGUUGCCUUAGACUUGUACAUUUUCUUUUUUUGUUUUUGGGAUGUAUAAUCUUAAGCCUCCGCAUUGGUUGCUUUACAGUAUUGCAACGUGUUCUGUUUUCCCAAUGGCCUUACUCUGUUCUUUUCUAUUCUAUGCAUACAACUGUCUUUGUGUAUUUAUCAGAGUUUACUUUUGUUGUGGACACAACUCAACGGAUGUCCAUCUUUCUCUGUCCUUCCCUUAGCUUUUCCAGCUACUGUGGUGAUGAUGAUGAUGAUGAUGAUGAAGAACCUAUAAGCACCUAUAUUUCACUAUCCCUUUGCUUGUCUUUUGCUACAAGGCAUUAAAAUAUUAUUGGAUUGAAAAGAAAAAAAAUGAAAUUAACUGCGUUCAGAAGCACUGUUGUACGGUGUUGCUUCCCUGACAAUAACAGGUUUCAAAAAGUACACAUCUUGAUUCUUAGUUUCAAUGCUUUCAGCUUUGGUUUUUCCUCUGUACAUGGCAGUGGGUGUGAAGAUAGUAAUUUAAUAUUUGUAUAAAGUUUAAUUUAAUUUUACAGUGUGUAUAUAACUUUCUAAUUAAAGCUUUCUUUUGAAUGUGGA